AUGGACGCCUCCUCCCUCCGCAUCUCCAAGUUCGAUGGAACUAACUUCCACGCCUGGAAGUUCAAGAUGCAGAUGGUGCUGGAGGAACGGGACCUAUGGGAGGUCGUCAGCGGUGAGAUCAAGGCGGAACAGUGCGAGACUCAGUUGGACCAAGCGACGUACAAGAGGAAGUCAAGAAAGGCGAUGGCAGUGAUCUGUCUAGCCAUGGAAGAUUCCCAGCUACCGUUGGUCCGGUCGGCAAGUGGUGCAUGCGACGCAUGGUCAAGGUUGGAAGACCACUUCGAGAAGAAGAGUCUUGCCAACAAGCUGUUCUUGCGCCGUCGCUUCUUCACGACAAUGAUGGAAGAAGGCGACGAUGUGCUCGAACACAUCAACAAGCUCAAGACGCUGGCGGAACAGCUAGAAGCGGUGGGGGCUCCAGUCUGCGAGGACGAUCUGGUGAUCACACUCCUCGGCAGCCUGAGUGACUCGUAUCAAUUCUUGAUCACAGCUUUGGAGUCGCGCUCAGACACUCUUAGCUGGGAGCUCGUGACGUCUCGACUGCUUCAUGAAGAAAUGAAGCGGAAGGAGCAAGGAAGUAAAGGUGAUGAAGCUUCGCAAGGUCAAGCGUUCAUCACAAGGGACAAUCAGCGCAAAGGGCGACCAGUGAAGAAGUCCUGGCCGUGCCACAAUUGCGGAAAGAUUGGUCACUGGAUGGCGGAGUGCCCCUCGCGCAUCCAAGAAAACACGGAGAGACACCGGCCACAGCGUGCUCAAGACAGCGGCGACCGCUAUCGAUCACAACGUGCAAACGUCGCUCAAGAAGAAGACUCGGGCGACUACCUCUUUUCGAUCGGUGAAACGACAUCUGCGAAAUCGAGCGACAUCUGGCUGGUCGACUCCGGGGCGACGCAGCACAUGACGUGCUCCAAGAAGUUCAUGCGGAACUACAAGGGGUUUGACGCUGUGGAUGUCCAUCUCGCGGAUGAUGGAAUCGUCCAAGCAAUCGGCAGUGGGGACAUUGUCAUGUCGAUGAAGACACCCCAAGGGAUGAAGAAAGGUGUGCUCACAAACGUGUGGCACAUCCCAAAGUUAUCCAGAAACCUGUUCUCGGUCGGCCGCUUCACCAAGGAUGUCGGCCCAGUGACGUUCACGAAGGAUGGGUGCUAUGGAGAAGCGAAAGGGACCAAGUGGAAAAUUGGUGCCCGUGAAGGUAAAGGACUGUUCAAGCUGCAAAUGACUCCAGUGGCGCCGGAACAAGCAAAUGCAGCCAAGUCGUCGGGAUGUCAAGGGGGCACCAAGUCGUACCUCUGGCACCUUCGGCUUGGCCACAUAGGUCACGAUGGACUCAAUUGCAUCGUGACGAAGAACAUUGGAAUUGGCAUCGACAUAUCUUCGGUGAAGAAGUGGGACGUGUGUGAAGGUUGUGCUCUGGGAAAACAGACUCGAGUGCGCUUCCAAUCAAACACUACAGCUCGCACCUCCAAACUCCUCGAAGUGAUUCACAGCGACGUAUGCGGACCGAUGUCGAUGGCAACUUUCAGUGGAAAACGGUACUUCGUGACAUUCAUUGAUGACAAGUCAAGAUACUGUGUCGUCUAUCUGCUCAAGAGCAAAUCUGAAGUUGCGGCGAAGUUCAUGGAAUACGCUGCGAUGGCCGAAACGCAAACCGGAAAGCGCGUGAAGUACCUUCAAAGCGACAAUGGGGGUGAAUACAAGUCCGACAAGCUGGCACGAUUCUGCGCGGAACGGGGAAUACAACAAAGGUUCACACCCCCAUAUACUCCUCAGCUAAACGGAGUAGCUGAGAGAAUGAAUCGCACGCUGGUCGAGUGUGCGCGUUGCAUGAUGGAACACGCUGGACUGGGAAAGAGCUACUGGGGUGAAGCAGUGAUGACGGCGAUGUUUCUUCGAAACCGCUGUCCAACACGUGCCAUUCACCAAGACAAGUCUCCAUAUCAAGUGUGGACGAUGAAGAAACCGAUUCUGGCCAACCUUAAAGUGUUUGGAUGCCACGCGUAUGUUCAAGUGCCUCAAGACAAACGCGCGAAGUUCGACUCCAAGUCAUCACUCUGUCGUUUCCUGGGAUACGCCGAACACCAGAAGUCAUAUCGAUUUGAGGAAGUGUCAACAGGAGCGAUCAAGAUCAGUCGCGAUGCCACAUUCAUGGAAGACAAGUUUGAUGAAGGUCCGCGCAACUACAACGAUGAGUCAAGUGUCGUUGAGUUUGAUGAUCAUGAUGAGGACGAAGAAAAAGAAGAAGGUAAAACUGACGACGACAUGGACUCGAGCGACGAUGACAACGAAGACACCAGGUCUUCGAAGAGCAACAUCAAGAGACACACGCGCACUCAAUCACUUGAGAAAGCUACCGUCAUUCCAAGUCCCAAGCGAAGAACAUACAGAGGUCCGUCGCUUGAGCAUGUGUCAGCGGCUGCAAUGGAUUUUGAAGCAGCCUACAUCGUUGAUUCAGUGGGGAAACGCCGACUACAUUCAAGUCGGCGAUGGAAUCAAGCGACUCCGGCAAGUGGAAAGAAGCGUGUGACUCGGAGUUCGAUUCGCUUCAGAGAAACGACACGUGGGAAAUCGUGCCUCUUCCGAAAGGUCGCAAGGCCAUCGGGUGCCGAUGGGUUUUUCGUGUAA